CUCCUCCGUCUCCGACCGCCUUCAUCUUCGCCGUCGUCAUCGUCAUCGUCUUCUUCUUAUUCCGCUUCACCUGCGCCCCGUCCAUCUUAUUCAAGACGUAUUCUUCUUCUUCGACCUCGUCGGAGGCUUUGAUUGUUCCUACAUUUACAUUGGCAGUUCUUAUGUAUCAACUGAGAUACAUAUAACAGUAUUUAUGUUCCUUUGGACGAUGAUGAGUUGGAUGAAGUCCGAUGGGCGAGGAAUUCGAAGAUGAAUGCUUGGGAAAGAUGGGGUAAUGGAUGCUUUGAUUCUGCAGCUGUUGGUUCAUCUUACUGAGGUUAUUUGGGGAUGGAAAUGCUUUGUCGGAAAUUCAGUGUUUGCUCUGCGCCAAUCCUAAUAUCGAAGCUUUGAUUGAGGAAUUCAGUCCGAUGGGCGAGGAAGUCGAAGCUGAAUGCUUGGGAAAGACGGGGUAAUGGAUGCUAUGAUUCUGCAGCGAUUGGUUCAACUUUCUGAGGUAAUUUGGGAUGGAAAUGCUUCGUCGGAAAUUCAGUGUUUGCUCUUGGCCAAUUGAAAUGUUCUUCUUCUCUAACCAUCAUCGAACUCGUUGCUCCUACAUUCAGAUUCGAACUUAUGUGGAGGUGUACAUGAAAUGGAAAAAGGACCCUUACUUCGACUCCAUUGAUUCGAUUCACAGAUCGCUUGAACUCAAGCCUGUCAUUUCUGUGAAGAAUUUCUUUAUAUCAUCUGCAUCAUCUCCGCAAGAUAAUUAUUCAAUUCCUAUUUCAGCUAUCUCCAAGAGAGGCUCAGACUUCGGCAUCAGCAUGAAAGUAGCAAGGUUCUUGAGGAGCUAUCCCUCCUUCUUCGAGGAGUUCAAAGGGCCUCAUUACGAUCUACCUUGGUUUCGAUUGACUCAAAAAGCGAUCGACCUUGAUACAGAAGAAAGGAUGAUCUACAACGAAUUUAGAUGCGAAAUUGUUUUGAGAUUGAAGAAGUUGAUUCUGAUGAGUGGUUCUAGAAAGGUUCUUCCGCUGAAGGUAAUAAAAGGGUUACGGUGGUACUUGGGCUUGCCCGAUACGUUUUGGGAAGACCCUUUACAUUACGUCGAAGGAUAUGGAGAUUUCGGGAUUGUGGAUAUGGGAGAUGGAUUGAAGGGGCUGGCUGUUCUUGAACAAUUCAACGAUAUAAAAAGUGAUCGAAUCUUGUCUGUGAUGCAGAAGAAUGCGAUGAAGAAAGGGGUCUACAAUGGGGGAACCGACGAGGGGAUUGCGUUUCCAUCGUUUCCCUCGAAAGGGCUGAGGUUGAAGAAGAAGAUUAAAGAUUGGUCGAACGAAUUCCAACGGCUUCCGUACGUGUCUCCCUAUGACGAUUCCUCGCAUUUGAAUCCCGACAGCGAUAUCUCCGAGAAACGGGUGGUGGGUUUGCUCCACGAAUUGCUGUGUCUCUUCGUCGAGCACGCCGCCGAGAGGAAAUCGCUCUUUAGCUUGAGGAAAUGGUUCGGGUUGCCGCAGAAGGUUCACAAGGCGUUCGAGAGACAUCCUCAUAUAUUCUACUUGUCGUUCAACAACAAAACGUGCACGGCGAUUCUUAAAGAAGCCUAUUGUGAUAAAUUGGCAAUUGAGCCACACCCCUUGGCGAAUGUGAGGGAGAAGUAUAUCGCGUUGAUGAAGGAGUCGAACGUUAUAUCAAGGAAUAAGAGGAUGAAAAAUUGUGUAGCCGUUGAUUCAAAAAAUGUCGACGAUAUGUGUUGUGAUCAUGGCUCGCCGCUUAUCGAAGAAACUUUCCGGUGAGUGCAUGAGUCCCGGAGAUGCGCGCGCCGGAGCAUGAAGUUAUCGUAAAAUAUCGAAUGCAGCUCGCAAGGGGACCGGAGUUUCGAUGCUACCGGGUUGUGGCGGUGUCGUAAAAUAGUCGAUGCUUCACACGUGACAUUGGCACGGUGACAAUCUAAGGUAAAAUAUGUCGUGUGUGUUUCGACUAUGCAAUUUACGGUAAAAUAUUUUAGAACAGAAACAAACAGACCCGUGAACAUGGCCUAUUGGCAUUACUGCAAAAUUACAGUGUGGAGUCUCAUUCAUAUAUAAUUGGACAAUUUUAGAACAUGCCAAACUGGCCCAUUGACUAUUCCUAAUAAAAUAAAUAAAUAAAAAUAUUCACCUAAAUGCAAAACUGAUAAAAUAUCCAACA